AUGAACUCGCUCAAGGUCCCCGAGAGCGGGAUCCAACUGGAGGGCUCGAAUGGCAAGGAUGCCAGUCUACCUUCUCAGGCCUUUGCCCUCACCCUGAGCGAUGUCCUUAUUGAGGACAUGAUCAAGUGCGUGCAGAAUGGCGACGGCAUUCAACUCUCGCUUGGAGCCAACCCCACCUUCCUUUACGGUUCCAAAACACACACCAUUGCUCCUCCUACCGACUCGAAUCCCUACGACCUUUACCUCACACGCCCUUUCGAAUCGACUCGAACGGCCGAAAAGAUUCCUCACACUGGCACUCUCUUUGAAAAGCCCAGGGGUGCUUCUUCGAAGAAGUCGCAGGCUAGCAAGGCCGACACCACCGCUGAUGCAAAGACCGCAAAGUCCAGCAAGAGCGCUGCGUCCUCAGGAUUGGAUUCUGACAUUGAGACUCUUCAAAAUGGACUUGCGGCUCAUGCUGCUUCUAAGGAGAAGGCACGCGUGGUUGAUAGAUUACCAGCGAAGAAAGGCGCGAUCAAGACCAAGUCCACCAAACCGCUUAGCUCGGCUCCACGAUCGAUCCCUCAAUCUCCAGGUCAGGUGUCACUAGGCUCUGCCACACCGAACCCAACAUCGCAACCCCAGGACCGAGCCAAAGGAGACCGCGCCAUGUUGGUGCACGAGCUUGCUGUGCAGGAUCGCUCAUUUGACUACUUGACCAAGAAGUGGGAGGGCAGUCAGGAAGAUAUGGAACCCACACUACGAAAGGUUGCCGAUUACCUCGACGACAGCAAGAGAUGGUCACUGAAGAAACGAACAUGGAGAGACCUUGAUGUUUGGAAUUACGAUUAUGAUACCCAAGAACUACGACAGAAGGCGAUCGACAAUGCCGUUCGACAAUAUGACAAGCAGAGAAUUACCAUUGCCGAACCAGAGUGGGACAGACUACUGCCCAAGGAGGAGCGAGGAACAGGGAAAUGUUUGAGUCGAGUGCAGGCCAACCUCACCAAGAUCAGCACUCCAUCGAUCAACGUGGAAAUGGCGGAUGGUGGUUCUACACCCCGAGAUAAUGGGGAUGUUUUGGAUGUCAGCCGGCCAAAGGCUGGCGGAGAGGCCAUGUCCAGGUCUACCUCGAAUCCUCUCUCCAACAAGCCUAAAAAGCCUACAGCUCAGGAGGCCCAGGUUAAGCGUCUUUUGGGCAAAUCCAAAUCCAAGACAACGGCAGCGGCUGUGUCUAAGCCUGCAUCAAAAGCCACGUCCACUAAGGCGUCGCCUACCAAGCAACGACCUGCCCCUGCAACUAAGGCGAACGGAGGAAGGGUCCUAUCGGCGGCAAUCAUUUCCAACUCGGACAGUUCAGAGGAUGAAUCUGCUCCUAUGAUUCAGUCCAAGCCAAAGCCAGCCCCUAAGCCGGCAGCUAAGGCGAAGGAUACGGUUGUGGCCAAACCACGACCUACGAUCAGGGAGCCAGUGAAGCAGCAGAUCACGGCGAAACGACCUCGCGAAGAUGACGAUUCAAGCUCCAGCUCUGGAACACCCUUGUCGAAGCGCAUCAAGCCCAAACAACCGCUUGCUGGCCCUCGACUGAAGCAUCGACCCUCUGAUGCAAGCCAGAACUCUCGAGGAACUAUCACUUCGACUUCGAUGAAGAGCAAGAACACGUCACCGACAAAGUCGUCGCCUUUGGCAUCAUCGCCACCCACCAACGCUUCGGAUCUUGAGAACGACGCACCAGCUGCACCGGUUGUAAAGAAGCGAAGAGUAGAGGCUUCGAGCAAACCGACCGCAUCGAAGCGACCAGCCACGGCAAUCUUUUCAGACGAUCUCGUGCAGAAAGCAACUGCGUUCAAGGCUUACUACCAAAAGUACGAAGCCUUGCACAAUGAGAUUUCGGCCCUGGACAGGCCCUCGUCCAAAAGGCUGGACCACCUCCAUGAGAUGAGGAACCGACUCCAAACGAUGAAGAAUGAGAUCUACAGUGAAUGCCCUCCCGAGAGGAGCUAA